AUGGCGUUGUGAGUUUACACCUUAACAGAUCUACCACGAGAUAUUAUUUAAUGUCAUUUACAUGGUCAUAACGACUGGGGGGCCGAAGCGAAACCCGAUCACGGCAGCAAAGAUUGGAACAGUAACAAGUCCAAGCCUGCAAUAGUUUUCAUGACUCGCAACGCCAGCAUUGUAACAGCUCAGGCCGGAAGUAAAGUCAUCCUACCAUGUUUUGUUAGAAACCUCUGCGAUGGAACAGUUAGUUGGAUAAGGAGAACGGAUUACCAUUUGCUAACCGUUGGUUUAGCGACGUAUGCAGGUGAUGACAGGUUCCAAACAAAACAUCCCUUCAAUUCUGAUGACUGGUCGCUACAAGUCAAAUUUGUUCAGCUCAAAGAUGCUGGGACGUACGAGUGCCAAGUAACAUCCCACCCCCCUACAAGUAUAUUCGUGCAUCUAAAAGUCGUUGAGGCUCGAGCAGAAAUAGGUGGACCAAGCGAAAAGUACGUGAAACUGGGCUCCAGCGUCGAGUUGAACUGCGUCAUCCAAGAGAGUCCGGUCCCUCCCGAGUUCGUCUUCUGGUACCACAACGAUCGCAUGGUCAACUAUGACAAAAACCGCGGGCUCAAUAUCACUUUUGAUCUGAACAACAAAAAGUCAUCACUCACGAUAACAAAGGCUACAAGGGAACAUUCAGGCAAUUACUCCUGUGUGGCCGGUAACGCCUACCCAGCUAGCGCAUUUGUUCACAUAUUGAAUGACGAAAAUCCGGCAGCGAUGCAGACUGGCAGUGGGCAACGUUGUUCAGUGAAUACAUUUCUUUUAGCUUCUUCCAAUCUGCUCAUCCUUUUAGCAUCCACAAUGUAAUAAUACAAGCAGCUCUUGUUAUCAACGUAUAACCGUUGCUCACUAAUGUGUUAUUAUUACAUUGGUGUUUAAUGUGUCACUGUGAUAUGUAUUAAUUUAUUAUUUAUUGCAAUAGCUGGUCCGUAUUAUGUUGAUAAAUGUACAUAAUAAAUAAUAUAUUAACCCACAUACCUGUGUAUUUGUUUCAACCAAUUGUAGUAUCUUUAUAUUAGACAAGUUUACAUUUUUACCGUCCUUUCAUUAGGCUGAUGUGGGAUAUCUUUUCAGUGUUGUAAUAGAUAUUAUCGCUAUUUCAUUGAAAAUAUGGUAAGAUUAUUGUUUAUUAAUGUUGGUUAAUGUAUUUAAUAAUAUAAAAUGAUGAUUGCCUACAAGGCUCUAUCAUUAUUAUUGUGUAGAUCUAUAAAUGUAUAUUGUUAAAAAAAUAUGUUGCUGGCUUUAUUUGA